CAAUUUCUCGAACACUCUCAGUGCUACUACUACUGAAUUGGUGCGUCCCAGCAUAAGUGAGCAAGCGGCCGUGUAGCAUCGUUCAAAAAUGGCCAGCCACGUAAAAUCGUUCAGCGCCGUCCUGCUGGUGGCCCUGUUUGUGCUGAGCGUGGUGCACGUGUCCCGGCAAGCGUCCAUUUCCCUGCAAGUCCUGUCACGGGCAGAGCGAUCCGUUGCCAACGAAACGUUCGCUAUGAUCGACAAAAAGUGCGAAAGCAAUUCACCGUGCGGUUGGGCCAUCUACACGCCCUACUCCCGUAAGAUAGAGAAAUUCGUACAAAACACUUGCGAUUGUCCCAAAACGCAGGUGUGCAUCCGAACGGACGACGACAUCUCGACCAGCACCUUUGUGUACCGCUGUCGAGAAAAUGAUAAAAAGUCGACCCCCGAGUCCUGAUCAACUACCGCUAGCAGCAGCGUCUCCGGGUUGUAAUUAACACCGCGCCACCGUCGAAACCACCCCAACUGCAGGGUGUACAGAAGUAAUUUUUCAAAACUAUUCAAACAAAUUCCCCCCCACAUUAUGCGUAUUGCGAGAACUGGAAAAAAACGAAUCGUGCCGGAAAACAAAUACUCUAAGAGCAUGUAGCGAAGGUAAGCACUAUUAUUAUGCUGUCGCGGAAAACUAGAUCACAGUGCGCGCGAAACUCGGUCGGACUCGGAGUAAUAUUUAAAACCCAAAACACAUACACCCACGUAUAUUUAUAUUUGCUUAUUGUUUCUUGUUUUUUAUUAACGUUCCCGCUUCGGCUGCAGCAUAUCUGAUAUGCUGCGCGAAGCGAUGCUUUACACGGGAGCAAGCACUGUUCUUAUAUAAUUAUGUCCCAUCGUCCCCCAUCGACAUCAACACGAUCACUCUGGUGGAUCAGCCGUUCCUCUGGUAGGCUUUGCGCGUAACGCAUCACUGUACCCAAGUUCCCACAAUCGUUUGAGGACAGUAACCGAAACAGUCAGCAAUGUCUCUCUCUCUCUCUCUGUACUGGACGACGUCAUAUUGAUGCUGUCUGUGUUAAGCACAAGGUCCCCUCUCCCCCCGUAGCUGAUGGUACGAUUCGUUCCGAACGAUUUCCUUAAACCUCUCAUAGUUCCGCCAUAAGGAAAGGUGCCAAACUGGCCGCAGCCUCCCGCAUCAGUCAACGCACACAGAAAGGGUCCGCAGUAGAUGGACGAUAAAAAAGCGAACGAAUGGAUUUAAUCUGACCUCUCCGCGACGAAUCCUCUCCGCAAACAGUGGCCGUGGGGCAGUAUGAUUCCUGUUAGAGAUGUAUCCUAGUUCGUAAGCACUGCUUUCUGCAGACCUUCUGGGCCGCUUAACUCAUCGGCCCGGGAUCGGAGCCGUCUUUUUCGCUUGCCCCUAGUUAGGUAGUGUUAGCCUGUAAAUUGGUGAUCACGCCCGCGUGGUCCGGAAAGCUGGCUUCCGACACGUGGGCGCGCACCCUGUACGCCGAGACCACCAGGAGCCCUUAGAAUUGGUCCGAAUGCUUCUAUUUGUUUUACUAGUUUAGUUUUCGUACUUAAGGCAGUGCAUAGUUUUACAAAGUGCAAACUGUUAAUGGUUAAGCGGCGGUAAAUAGGGAAAGAAGAAUCUGCUCGAAAAAAACGAAAACUGAAUGUUAUCCUAAAAACGCUACAAUUACACAGCCUCGGUUUCGCAAUGUCAAUCUGUUGCUCGGUGUAACAGAAGAGCUUUACCGCAAGCCCACAAACCCUCUCACUACAUACAGUAUUCAGCAGACACACAAGCACACACUCUUUCAUCCAAGCUGUACUAGUUCCGGUGUCUUCUGUCCGGUGUCUCUGAUUGUAGACCUAUCGAACGACUUAGAGCUAUUAAUCCUGUAGUUGACAGAUAUCAAUGGAUCUUGAACUGGAAAUAAAUGCGUAAUA